CACCGCCGCUUCUACCACGUUCUCUGCUCCAUCUCUCACCUACGAAGCACUACGACACGAUUGCAGCUCCCCAUCCAAACGAUAUUGAUCAUGACAUCGCGGCUGAAGCUCUCCCUUGAGAUUGCAUUCCACGCGUUAGCUCUCUGAUUCGCCAUUACCUACUACUACUUCUUCUACAAACGAAUUUAUCUCAUAACGAACGAACGGACGGACGUACCAAUACGCAAGUAAGAGUGGUCAACCGAUGCCGUCGCCGCCAUUCGACACCUCCUGGGACUUUGGCGCUGCGCUGCACCUCAUCGACUCAUCCGACGAGUUUGAUGCUGUGGACACCCCGCCAACACCGCUUCAGCAGCCGAACACAGACUCUCGGGAUGUAUUAACCUACGAUGCGUUUAAGAGCUCUGCUAGCCCAGAGUCUCCCCUAGCAGAAGGCGGAGGCGUCUCCUUGGGGAAUUUCGACAAAGUUUGGAAGGUCUUGGGUACGUCGGGGGAGUCAGCGCCGCUGCCGAGCGUUGAUGAAGAACCAAUAAGUUCGGAUGAUGCGGGGUGUUUCUCAGUGGGGAGUGAUAAUGAGAGGAGUGGGGACGAGGGAGCGUAUUUGACGCAGGGGGUGAGUGGGGUUGGUGAAGAGGUUGCGGAUGCUGCACAUGCAGCCGCCGAUGAGAGUGAUGCCGCUGGUACUGGGGUGAGCAGAAAGCGGGGACGGAAGAGGGGUAAGAAAGGAAAGAGAAAUCGCACAGAGAGGGCUGCUUACAGUGCAGGAGAGUUGUUGGAGGUUGGCGAUGGUAGGACUCUACAAGCUUCUGGAAUGUCAGCUGCCGGAGUUGUGCAUCCGUCCGAGCCAGUUGCGGUUGCGAUCACGCCCUUGGACACGAGCAGGCUACCCAAUUCGAUGCACUUGACGCCUUUGGCGCUGGCUGUGGAUCCCACACCUACAUUCGAUAUCCCUCCUUCGUCUACCCAACACGUCCUUCCCGAAUCGUCCCAUAAAUCUAUCAGCGAGCUGUCACAGUCCUUGGAGCUUCCGUCUUCAGAUCCUCGUUUGUUUUCGUCGCAGGUCAAGGCUUUGACAGGGUUGAAACCGAACGGCACGUCCACUCCCUCCUCGACAUCCAAUGGGCUUCAUGCCCAUCCCCAGGUUUCCUCUUCUGGACACGAUGUCCCUCGAUCCACACCAUCGCUUUUGGGGUAUCUGGUGCCCCACCAGGUUGCGCAAGCAGCCUACCUUUCAACUUCUUACCAUACAGGUUAUCCUAAUAUCGCCCGCUCCGAGCUCGACCUAGCACAGAAUCACUCUGGCACAAAACCUAAAGUCCAGUACGCCGCGUUCGGUACACUGGUCAGGCCUACCUCCGACCUCUCGUUAUUACCCGUCCCACGACCUAUAGGCUCGAUUCCUGUCUUCAACACUACGAAACCUCACCUUGGCGCUGAUUAUUCUGCCACUGGUUCUCUUGUCUCUGCGAACAGGACUGCGGAGAAAAUCCAUCCCCGCAGUCGGGAGGAAUUGCAUUGUGAAUUUCUUUUCAAACUUAUAGACCGCUUUCCGGAAGAUAAAAGAUGGCUCGUAAGCCCCUUUCGACAGCUGAGGGACAACGACAUGUCCCCCGAGGGCAUCCACGUCUUCAUAGACAAGUCGAACAUCACGAUUGGGUUCAGCGAGAUGCUGAAACUAACCGGUAGACGGCCUUGCAACAUGUCGUUCGAGUGCCUCUGUCUGCUACUCGAGCGCCGCCGCCCCGUCGCGAAGAGGGUCCUAGCAGGCUCCGAGCACGGGCUGCGGCCGCAACGCAACGAUGUCAAGUUCAACAGCCAAGCGGGCGAGCUGGGCUACGAGCAGAACAUCUUUGCGCGCGUGCACAAGGUCAAGGAACCGUCGCCGAGAUCGAUGCACUGGAGCCGCACGGGAGAAUUGCAAUAUUCGGGUGGAGCUUUCGGCGGCGGUAGCGACUCGGAAACGGGCGCUCCAACUGCUGCUGCUGCGGUGACUCGCAGCUCGUGGACGACGACCACGAAGACGACGACGACGACUGCGUACAUGGCCCCGAAAUGGGUCGAGCAGGGCGUCGACGAGAAUCUCCACCUGAAGAUGUGCAACAGCAUCCUGGAUGCGGAGUCGCCGUCGACAAUGGUGCUGGCGACGGGGGAUGGGAAUGAGGCCGAGUUUUCGGAUGGGUUUCUGGCGCAUGUGGAGAGGGCGCUGAAGAAGGGGUGGAAGGUCGAGUUGGUGGCGUGGCGGAAGAGUAUCCAUGGGGGGUAUUAUAAGACGAUGGGGAAGUGGGGGGAGAGGUUCCGGAUUGUGGAGUUGGAUGAGUGGUUGGAGUUUAUGAUGGAUGUGGAGGGUUGAGAAAUGCAUUGGGUGUGGAGCUGUUUUGGGGGUUUGAUGGGUGGGUGCUUGGUAGGAGGAUUAUUGGGGCAUUUACGUCUGGAAUCUGUUUUGCAUAGUGGAUGGAAUUGGUGCUUGUAGAGUUGUGAUAGGGAUCUAUCUCGCUCUCCUUCGCCAUGAUUGUUCCAUCUUGGAAGAGAUGCGCUUUGCAGCCAGCUUCCUCGUUAAGAGCGUGCAUGGAUGUUUGGCAGCAUACCAAAUAUUUACAUAGCUCUACUGCUCAAUCUGCGAACUUUUGUCU